AUGUCGAACCCCGACUUCCAUUAUUCCAAACUUCAGCAUAUUGCUAAGCGAGCGAUAUUGCCGCUCUUACCCUCAGACCCUGCAUCUUCUCAGAAGCCGGAUCAUGAGCUUCCAGACCCUAAAAAUGUCCAAGGCGACAUAUAUCUACUUUUCCCGAAAGAUCACGAGAACUUCAUAUUCUUUGCUAUACGCGAUGUGGACCAGUUUAGGCGCGACCUCGCGAACUACACCCCGACGACAUCCGAUGACGUUCUUGACAACCUGCGCCAGAUCACCGACGCCAAGGCCAGUGCCGCCAGUCCGUCUCAGGUCACACGCGUUCGCUUUGGGCAGACACAGAUCGCGUUCAGCCGCUCUGGCCUCAACCUCCUUGGUCAGACUCAGCAGACGAAAGACACGCACUUCGACCAGGGCUCCAUGAGGAACGAGAUCAAGGCACUUGGCGACGGCGGUCCUUGGGACCCUCUCUUCGCUAGCGGCACUAUUCAUGGCGUCAUCAUCGUUGCUGCGAGCCCCAUGAUUGUAGACGCUGACGAAUGCCAAACCGCAACGCAGAACGUCAAGGAUGCCUUCAAGCAAUCGAUCUACAACGUUUCAGAGAUGGACGGAAAUACGCGACCCGGAGCCCAGAGAGGUCACGAGCACUUUGGGUACAAGGACGGAGUGUCGCAACCUGCCCCUCGGGGACUGGUCAAAGCACACACAGGUCAGCUCCAGUGUGAUGCCGGCGUCAUCAUCUGCGGCUACAAAGGCGACCCUGUCUUUGAUAACCCGUACCUUUCUGCGUCAGAGAAACGCCCUGACUGGACAAAGGACGGGACGUUCAUGGUAUUCCGCAAGCUCGAACAAGACGUGAUCGGGUUCAGUAACUAUUUGAAAUCUGCCGGGCCUCAAUGGCGGCGAUUCCUGCCUCAGGACGAGAUGAACAAGAUCUCGCCGCCGUUGACAGACAACGAGGGCGCUGAGCUCUUUGGUGCGCGGCUCGUGGGGCGAUGGAAGUCGGGCGCCCCCUUGGCGACAGCACCGUAUCGAGACGAUGCGAGCAUUCCCUUGGACGAAGACAAAGUCAACAACUUCGAUUAUACAGUGAAGGGCCAGUUCGGACCUAGCGACAGCGUGUGCCCGUUCACUGCGCACACGCGCAAGACUGCCCCACGCAACCUCGAUCCAUACUUACAGAAGCAAUUCCUAGAGAGCAUGCUCGUCAUUCGUGCAGGGCUUCCGUAUGGCCCCGAGGUCGCACCGGGGGAAGUCCAGAAGGAUACAAGCCCGCGAGGGCUCCUGUUCUUAUGCUAUCAGUCAUCGACCGAAAACGGGUUCUGGCAGCAGACGCGGUCCGCGGUGAAUGAAUACUUUCCUACCACGUCUCUUGUUCCUGUGAGACAGGGACAAGACCCAAUCAUUGGCGGUGCGACCUACCCGUCGUUCACAGUGACAGCCACUGGUUCCGUCCCGAGCCGCGGUGAGGUUACCAUCAAUGUCACCGACUCGUCAGGCGAGACCCAGUCUGUCACGGGCUUCGUGAACACGCCAAAUCUGAGCGCAGAGGCGAUUGCGCCGAAGUACUUCGUGACUUCGCGCGGUGGUGAAUACUUCUUCGUGCCGUCGGUGUCUAUACUCCGUGCACUGGCGGCUGGUGGUACUCCGGGACCAUUCACGAGCACGCCGCCCACGCAGGAGGGCGUGUACCGCAUCAAGUUGUAUGGGCAGACCCCAGAACAGGUCUGGGAGUAUAUUCCUGAUAGCGUGCCUUGGGUCAAGCUGUGCCCACUCGACCAGUCGAAUGAUUACCAGAAGUGGCGCAUCACUCCACUCGGGAAUGGCGACUACUACAUCAAGAGCGCGAAGACGGAUUAUGGACUGGUGCAUUCGUCAUAUGGGUACUGGAACUAUGGCUUCCCUAUAGGGAGCGCCGGCGGGUCUAUCGUAUGGCAGAUCAACGAGCGGACGGCUGGGAGCGACAAUUUCCUGAAGAUCAGGGAAAAGGGCUCCAACUCGCUAGAUUCUCAGUCCCCUCAAGUCGUCCACUUCUACAAGGAUGAUAUUGUUUUGAACUGCUGCCCAGAUACAAUGCCCAAGGGCAACCGGAAGUCAGAGGCGGAUGUAUCCAUGGCUGGUCCGAGUGACAGAAGUAACAUCAGAAUGAGCAGAUACGAGCGGAACCUGAGUGCAAUAUCAUCGAAUACGGGCAUCCUGGGCCUGUGA